AUGGCAUGUCUAGCAUCCCCCUCCCGCCCCACUCCAGCACACGCGGUGAUUCUGACAGGCCCGGGGUGUCGGGCCCCCUGCUGUGGUGCAGGGAGGCCCCCCAGAGCCCCAGGUGUUGGCCCAGCCCCUCCCUGCGCACCUGGCUGGCAGUCUGUGCCCGCCCCUCCUCCACCCCAGGGCCCUGGGGUGGUUGAGCAGCAGCUGCCUCCCCCGGGCGCAGGUUCCGGGCGCGGGGAGGCCGAGACGCGGGAGUGCAUCUACUACAACGCCAACUGGGAGCUGGAGCGCACCAACCAGAGCGGCCUGGAGCGCUGUGAGGGCGAGCGGGACAAGCGGCUGCACUGCUACGCCUCCUGGCGCAACAGCUCGGGCACCAUCGAGCUCGUCAAGAAGGGCUGCUGGCUGGACGACUUCAACUGCUACGACAGGCAGGAGUGCGUGGCCACCGAGGAGAACCCCCAGGUGUACUUCUGCUGCUGCGAAGGCAACUUCUGCAACGAGCGCUUCACCCACCUUCCCGAGGCAGGCGGCCCAGAAGUCACGUACGAGCCACCCCCGACAGCCCCCACCCUGCUCACUGUGCUGGCCUACUCGCUGCUGCCCGUCGGGGGCCUCUCCCUCAUCGCCCUGCUGGCCUUCUGGAUGUACCGACAUCGCAAGCCCCCCUACGGCCACGUGGACAUCCACGAGGUAAGAUGGGGCUGGCUCGGGGUGGGGCGGGGUAGAUCCUAUUACGGCCAGAUCCUGUUAAGCCCUCGAUCGCCCCAGGACCCUGGACCUCCACCCCCGUCCCCUCUGGUGGGCCUGAAGCCUCUGCAGCUGCUGGAGAUCAAGGCUCGGGGGCGCUUUGGUUGUGUCUGGAAGGCACAGCUCAUGAACGACUUCGUGGCUGUCAAGAUCUUCCCACUCCAGGACAAGCAGUCGUGGCAGAGUGAGCGGGAGAUCUUCAGCACGCCUGGCAUGAAGCACGAGAACCUGCUGCAGUUCAUUGCCGCUGAGAAGCGAGGCUCCAGCCUGGAGGCGGAGCUGUGGCUCAUCACAGCCUUCCACGACAAGGGCUCCCUCACGGAUUACCUCAAGGGGAACAUCAUCACAUGGAACGAACUGUGUCACGUGGCAGAGACAAUGUCUAGAGGCCUCUCAUACCUACACGAGGAUGUGCCCUGGUGCCGGGGCGAGGGCCACAAGCCAUCUAUUGCCCACAGGGACUUUAAGAGCAAGAAUGUAUUGCUGAAGAGUGACCUCACUGCUGUGCUGGCUGACUUUGGCCUGGCUGUUCGGUUUGAGCCAGGGAAACCUCCGGGGGACACUCACGGGCAGGUGGGCACGCGGCGGUACAUGGCCCCCGAGGUGCUCGAGGGAGCCAUCAACUUCCAGAGAGACGCCUUUCUGCGCAUCGACAUGUACGCCAUGGGGCUGGUGCUGUGGGAGCUCGUGUCCCGCUGCAAAGCUGCCGACGGACCUGUGGAUGAGUACAUGCUGCCUUUUGAGGAGGAGAUCGGCCAGCACCCGUCCCUGGAGGAGCUGCAGGAGGUUGUGGUGCACAAGAAGAUGCGGCCUGCCAUCAAGGAUCACUGGCUGAAACACCCGGGCCUGGCCCAGCUCUGCGUGACAAUCGAGGAGUGCUGGGACCAUGACGCGGAGGCUCGCCUGUCCGCGGGCUGCGUGGAGGAGCGAGUGUCCCUGAUCCGGAGGUCGGUCAACGGCACUACCUCGGACUGUCUCGUCUCCCUCGUGACCUCCGUCACCAACGUGGACCUGCCCCCGAAGGAGUCGAGCAUCUAAGCCCAGGACACGAGUGGCUCUCCAGACUCAGUAGAUCUGAAGAGGAAAGGAAAAAAAAACAAAAAAAAGUUGUGUUUUGUUUUGGA